AUGGCGGCCUAUAGUAAACCAUCGCUGCCAUCGAUACCAGGCUACGACCAACCAAGAUACCAAGACGCAGUGUUGGAGCCGUACCAGCAGCCCUUUUCGUCCCAACAAGCGGACAAGUUUGCUCAGCUCAACCAGCAAGCUUUUGGGUCCAACAAUGCCGUCGCCCCCUACAUGCCCGCCGGACCAACCGUCGUCUCGUGCCAACCAGCAUCCGGCGUCUUCGGAACCAAGGUGUACCUCAAAAUCUCUGCGCAAUACGACUUGUUCUCCAUGUCUUCGCCGAUGCCCUACUUCUUCCUCCAGUUUGGCAACGAGAAAUGCCCGAUGCAGGACGUCGCCCGGGACACGCAGGACAGCUCAGGCUACAUUUACUCGUGCAGCGCCGACGCGCCGCAGUCGCUCGUCACGGGCUGCAGCAGCAGCAACGUGCCCCUGUCACUCGUCAUCGAAGGCCCGACGGGCGACGAGAUCUCGCGGACGGUUGCUGGCCACUUUCAGUACCUGGAAGGGUCCGGCGACGGCGUCACGAGACCGGACAAGAUGCCAAAGACGGAGGCGGGCGGCGCACCUGGCCCGCACGGCGAUCAGGCGGGCCACUCACCGAAAACGGAGAUCAGCACCGAGGCUGCUACAAAUAGCUACGAUUACUCUUCACAGACGAGCUCCUACGGCACAGCAUUUCCGCCGCCGCACAGCAACGACAUGAUAACGACAUAUAGAAGCAACAACUUUGCCGACUCCGGGUACGGCGGACGCCGCUCUUUGGGGUGGAACGGAUUCAACACGCCGCUUGGGAGCACCCGCAGCUCCCUCGGCGCCCUCGACGGCGUGGGCAGGAGCAGUCUGACGCCCAUCUCCAUGUCGGGGUCGUCUGCCAAUGCCAACGCACCGACGCUUAUCCGUACCAGCACCAUUACCAGCGGCAGCGGCGCGGGCAACCAGUACGCGGCCAUUUCCCUGUACGCGACCAAGGCGGUGCUGAAGAUUGACGGCAAGCUCGACUGCAUGGUGGACGGGUGGACGCACGAGGAGUGGGAGAACCGUCGGCGGAUCGUCGUCUUCCAGAAGUCGCAGACGGGGUCGACGCUCAAGGCCAGCUUUUUCGCGGUGCCGGUCAACGAGCGGCCGCAAGGCAGCAUCUGCGUGUCGUGCAUCUACUGGGCCGAGAAGAACGAGUGCUUCGUGACGUCGGUGGACACGAUCCAGCUGCUGGAGCAGCUCGUCGCGGCGCCGGCGCGCUUCAGCGUCGAGGAGAAGAACCGCAUCCGGCGCAACCUCGAGGGCUUCCACCCGCUGACCGUGUCCAAGGCCAAGCCCGACAGCGAGGAGUUCUUCAAGCUCAUCAUGGGCUUCCCGAACCCGAAGCCGCGCAACAUUGAAAAGGACGUCAAGGUGUUUCCCUGGAAGGUGCUCGAGGGGGCGCUCAAGAAGAUUAUCGGCAAGUACAGCGCCAGCCCGAGCAGCAGCAGCAGCAGCAGCAGCCAGAUGCCGUCGUCGGCGGGCAUGAACGCGCCGUCCAUGAGCCACCACCACCACCACCAACACCACCCGGGGUCGUACGCGCCGCUCCCGACGCCGUCCGGGCAGGCGGCGGCGGCGGCGUCGAGCCACCACCACGGGCCGGUGCACAUGGCGCCGCAGCAGCAGCAGUCGAGCAUGGGCUCGCACCACGGCGACGCGCACGGGCAGUACUCGAUCGCGGCGAGCCACCACGACGCGAUCCCGUCGCCGCGGUCCAUGGCGGGCUCCCACACGAGCUGGACGCCCUACACCACGGCGUCGUACCCGAGCGUCGCGCGCGCGCUGAGCCCGAACCUGCGGCACCACAGCCCGCACCACCACCAGCCGCCCCCGAUGCGCAUCAACACAAACGUCCUGCCCGCCGUCAGCACCUACGACAGCCGCAGCGUGUCCGCCGGCAGCUACGGCGGCGGCGGCGGCCUGCACACGCCCAUCAGCCAGAACCCGGGCGCCACCGCCGCCGCCGCGGCGACGCCGCCUCGCUGGGAUGCCGCGCCCGCGAGCUACGCGGAGAGCUACGCGGGCCUGCCGUCGCAGCACGCACACGCCGCGCCGCCCAUGUACAACGGCGCCGGGUAUAGUGACGGCACAUCGCGCGCGUAA